AUGUCAACUUCAACUCCAUGUUUGAAUUCUCAACAUUUACCAGUAAAAACUCAAUUAAGUGAAAAAAUUCGACAACAAGUUGAUGAUAGACAUUGGCAAUUAUUUGAAACACGUUUAAAAAAUUCAUUUACAAAAAUUCAUAAAGAAAAUUAUACAAAAUCAAAUGAUUAUGGUUUAGUAAAUUGUUGGAAAAAAGCUGAUCAAUCACAAUUACUUAUUGAACCUAAUCAACGAUGGCAAACAUUCUGCUCACAAUUAACAACGAAAUCGAAUGAAACUGAUCGUGUUUUGUCUAUAUUUCAUAAUGUUUGGCUUAAUGAUUGGCAUAGAACAGAAAAAUCUAAUACGAAUACAAAUGAAAAUACAUUUUUAAAACAUUUAUCAUUAAAUGAACAUGAUAAAAAAGUUAUUUCUUCAAUUCUUCAUAAAAAAAAUUAA